GACGAAUUUUAAAUAAUACUGGAAUAAUAGUGACAUGAAAUCUCCCGGUCUAAUGCUAUUGGGAUUUGGAAGUACUAGAACUUCCAAAUUAGUUUCCAAAUACGAGUAGUUUUUUGGUAAUAAAAUUAAAGUUUCCAAAUUAUUAUUAUUAUUACGUGCUCCUUAAGUAUAUGAGUAAAUCUGCUAUAUAUAUGUGUGUAAGAAUUCGAUAUCUGUUCUUGAAAUCGAUCAACAAGCGCAGGUUACCACAUUGUGAAUCGAUCUUCUCACCGGAAUCAUCAACUAACCGGAGUGGACGACGGCCCAGGCCAUCUUCGGCCGCCAUCUUCCUCGGCAAUGAUCACGACGGUAAACAUUCAACGACAGGAUUUGCCUUUGAAGAAACGUUGGAAUUAUCAUCCCAUGCCGGCGAAGUUCAAGAACAAGAUAAUCGAACUAGUGGGACCGGGGAUAAGCAUCACCGAGGAGAAACUGUUAAUAGAAAAGGAGUUCACCGAGAGUGACCUGAGCAGAAGCCAAGGGCAGCUGACGAUUCCGACGCAGCAAAUGAGGAACCCGGAUUUCUUGACGGCGGAGGAGGAGCGGGAGAUCAGCACCCACGACGGGAACAACGUCGGAUCCAUCGACGGAGUGCCGCUGAUUGACCCGUCAUUGGAAAGGUGUGAGGUGAGCUUACGGCGGUGGGUGAUGUGGAAGCCGAACGGGAGCGCGAGCGUGUCAUACGUCAUCGCGAAAACGUGGAACGACAUCGUAUAUCGGCUGGCCAAGGAUGAACUCAUCGAGAAAGGGGACCUCAUCCAGUUGUGGUCCGCCCGUGUUGCCGGAGACUUGUGGUUCUCACUUAUCAAUCUCAACUUGCCACGUCACCCAUGAAGAAAAAGAAGAAAAUCAUAUCGGAGCAAGCAGAGGAGGGGCUUUGGAGGGAGUUAGGUCUCGCAACAACUUUGGACCUCACAUGGGAGGAGCCUCCAAAAUCAAAGAUAUUACAAUUAGUUUUAUGUAUAAUUGGAAACAAGAAUAGGAAAAUUAUCUUCUAAAUAAGAUAAUAAGGAUUUUAACUUUUUGGUAUUACAAAUGUUUUAGUGUGA